AUGCCGCCUGCAGCAAGUGGAAAGGCUGUGAAGAAGGCCGGGAAGGCCCAGAAGAACGUCCGCGCGACCGACAAGAAGAAGAAGAAGCGUAGGAGGAAGGAAUCUUUCUCUAUCUACAUCUACAAGGUGUUGAAACAAGUUCACCCCGACACUGGUAUCUCAUCGAAAGCCAUGUCGAUCAUGAACUCGUUUGUCAACGACAUCUUCGAGCGUAUCGCCGCUGAAGCCUCUCGUCUGUCCCACUACAACAAGAGGUCAACCAUCACCUCCCGGGAAGUUCAGACCGCUGUGAGGCUCCUUCUCCCCGGAGAGUUGGCCAAGCACGCCGUCUCCGAAGGAACUAAGGCUGUCACCAAAUACACCUCGUCGAAGUGAGCGCUCAUCGAGCCCUCAAAAAAAGGCCCUUAUAAGGGCCACCAAAGUUUGAAAGAUCACUUGCCUCACAGCGCCUGUCCACAUGAUUAUAAGUCGGAAGAUUACCAUUAUAUCUAGUUUUUCCCCAUUUCUCCGAAUGAGUUUUCGAGACUCCGGCUUGCCUCCUACUUUUGCCAGCUCCAAAGACAUGACCAAGCUUGGUGGCUCUGUAGCGAGUCGAGAUCGAAAUGUUCCUCCGCAAUCCUGAGUUCUCCCGAAGCAAUCGA